CCUCGACAUUUUUUCAUUCUCAAACCCUACCCACCACAACACAGCACUCGACCUCCUCUUCCUCAUCCUCCGCCUCCAACCAGCACCCAACUACUCUCCGCCUCGGCCUCCGUCUCCACUCUCCUCCUUCUCUACCUCCGUCUCCGUUCUCCUCCUUCUCCUCCUCCGACACACCUCUUCUCUCAUCUCUCUUCUCAAAUCCACCAAUGAUGCAGUCCAUGCCGGAGCUCCGCCUUGUUCCCUCGUCGAGCCCACCAUGGAAGAUAAGACCUAACAUUCAAGACAAGGCUCGCCAUCGAUUCAGGAAUACCUUGUUACAGCAUCCAAGAACCAGAUCUUGUAUGUCUUCUUCAGUUCCCCUAGACUCCGGAUGUUAUGGGGAUGCCUUUGGAGUGCAAGUUUUGUGAUCUUGAGUUGGCUGAGUUGAAAAUGUUGCCUAGAAGUAGAGCUGAUGAUGGCUUGUUUUCCGUGGAAAGCAUGAAGUCGCAAACAAGAGGUCAUGAGGUGAAGAGGCUGUUCUGGGGAAGUGUUGGCAAUGGAGUGUCGAAGAUUCAGGACUUCUGCUACUAUGCCAAUACGAUCUUUUUGGUUGACCUUCUUCUAUAUCCAAGGAAUGAAAAGUUUUUCAUGGUUUGUUUCUCAUUUGCUGAGGGGCCAUUAGCAUGGGCACUGAUUGUUUGGCGUUGUAGCUUGGUUUUUAGUUCACUUGAAAAAUUAGUCAGUGUCCUGAUACAUCUUUUACCUGGGUUGGUUUUCUUCACUAUUUGAUGGUGGGAUCCAGCAACAUUUGCAGCCAUGCAUCCUGAAGGAUCUUCUGCCAGAGCUUCUUGGCCUUAUGUAGAAAGCAAAACUUAUCUGUGGACAUGGUUGUUUGUGGUGCCCCUGGUCGCAUACUCCCUCUGGCAGCUUUUGUAUUUUCUCAUUGUCAACGUUUUACGCCGACAAAGGCUGUUAAGGGAUCCUGAAGUGAUGACUUCUUACAGAGAACUCUCGAAGAAGGC